AUGGUUAAACAUCAUAAAGGAUCAGCAAAAGGUGUCAAAGCAACAUCAAUGAAAAAUAAGAAAGCACAUGCUGGUAAACGAACUGGUACAACUAAACAACGACAACCAAAAAAAACAGCACGAAAAGGCACACGAAAGGGUACAAAAUCGGGAAAAAAAGGAACAAAAAGUAGUUAUAAUCUUUACAUUCAACAUGCUGUUUCACAAAUUAAAGCAGCAGAUCCGAAUAUGACACAUCAAGAAGCAUUUAAAAAAGCUGCUAGUCAAUGGCGUACUGCAGCAGAAAAUCCUAAAAAUCAACAAGUUUAA